AUGGAAGCUUUAAACAAACUGGAGCGUCUGGUACAGUUGCUGUUUAUGAGAAACGUAAAAGUGGACGAAAUUAAAUGGCAUAGUUUUGAACUUAUCAAAUUCCGCGGACUAUAUAUCGAUGCAUAUUACACAAUCAACAGAACGGAGUCAAGCGGAACUUGCGAUGAGUUUAAGCACACAGUUAGUGUCAUGUGGCAUUCUAACAUACCACAAUCUAAUGAUUGUUUUAUUCUAUGA